UGAUCUUCCACCCCAGUGAGGGGAAGAGGAUGUGAUCAUGUGCUCCUGGCAGAAGGGAAAUUGUGAAAGAGACCCGCUGUAGAAAAGGCAGCCCACAGCACCUCGGCUCUCAGAAGAGGUGAAGCUGCCAAGACGACUUGUCUGAGAGUGGACCUAUCUGUCUGUCUGUCCAUCCGACAUGGAACCAAAGCAGAUCAGGGAGGGCUACCUUGUGAAGAGGGGGAGCGUGUUCAACACCUGGAAACCCAUGUGGGUUGUAUUGUUAGAAGAUGGAAUUGAAUUCUAUAAGAAGAAAAGUGACAACAGCCCCAAAGGAAUGAUCCCCCUUAAAGGAAGCACCCUGACCAGCCCUUGUCAGGACUUUGGCAAAAGGAUGUUUGUGUUUAAGAUCACUACGACCAAACAGCAGGACCACUUCUUCCAGGCAGCCUUCCUGGAGGAGAGAGAUGCCUGGGUUCGGGACAUCAAGAAGGCCACUAAAUGCAUUGAAGGAGGACAGAAGUUUUCGAGGAAAUCCACCAGGAGAUCCAUUCGACUGCCAGAAACCAUUGACUUAGGUGCCUUGUAUUUGUCCAUGAAAGAUACUGAAAAAGGAAUAAAAGAACUGAAUCUCGAGAAGGACAAGAAGAUUUUUAACCACUGCUUCACAGGUAGCUGUGUCAUCGACUGGCUGGUGUCUAAGCAGUCUGUCCGGAAUCGCCAGGAAGGCCUCAUGAUUGCCUCCUCACUGCUCAAUGAAGGGUAUCUGCAGCCCGCUGGAGACAUGUCCAAGAAUGCAGUGGAUGGGACCGCUGAAAACCCUUUCCUGGACAACCCCGAUGCCUUUUACUACUUUCCAGACAGUGGGUUCUUCUGUGAAGAGAAUUCCAGCGAUGAUGACGUGAUUCUGAAGGAGGAAUUCAGAGGAGUCAUUAUCAAGCAGGGAUGUUUACUGAAACAGGGGCAUAGGAGGAAAAACUGGAAAGUGAGGAAGUUCAUUCUGAGAGAAGACCCCGCCUACCUGCACUACUAUGACCCUGCUGGGGGGGAAGAUCCCCUGGGAGCAGUUCGCCUGAGAGGCUGUGUGGUGACUUCGGUGGAGAGCAACCCAGAUGGCAGGAAGAGUGAGGAAGAGAACCUUUUUGAGAUCAUCACGGCAGAUGAAGUGCAUUACUUCUUGCAAGCAGCCACCCCCAAGGAGCGCACAGACUGGAUCAAAGCCAUCCAGGUGGCCUCCCGGACUGGGAAGUGAGGGCACGCCUGCACUCGCAGCCCCUCCUGAGGGAAGUCCAUGGAUAGCUCGGUCCAGGACCUGCCCACUGCUGUGACAAAUCAACAGAAAGGGCCCAGGAUGGGAAGUUUUUGUCUGCGCAGGAUUAUGAAUGUGAUUGACCACUUGGCACAAGGUUCCCCUGCACUGCAUUGCUCACUGUGGCCUCUCUGGCCCUCUCAGUGUCCCCCAAACGGACAAAACAAGCUGUGUGGCCUCCGUAGGCUGCUUACCCUCUCCAGCCCUCAGGGCCUCUUCUGAAAAAUGAAGGGAUUGCACUAGGAGAUCCCUGAGGUCCUCCUUAGCUU